GUUUUACCGUGUCAUUUUCCCUUCCUUGCUGUCUUAGCUCAACCUGGACCCGAGAUUCAUGAAGCACAACUUGAUUGUCAGAUAUGGUCAAGGUCUCCAGAACAGCUGCGAUACUGCUGACGACUGUCACGUUCUGCAAGUCACAAGAAAUGCUUGCGUCUAAUGGAACAGUCCCGGGCAUAUAUAGAGAGUCUGGACAGUACAAAUACCAUGGCUGCUACAAUGAAACCAUGCAGAUACAGGAUUCGGCGCAGGAGCGGGCUCUGACCGGCGGCUCCCACCUUGUAAUGGCAGGCAAGAUGACAGUGCCCAUUUGUCUCGAGUUCUGUGCCUCGAAUGGUACACAAUAUCAGUACGCUGGGCUCGAAUGGUCAAGGGAAUGCUGGUGUGCGCCGUAUUUGUCGAGUCUUUCAGUCCGGCUCGGCGACGGAGACUGUGAGAACUCGUGUGAAGGCAAUUCGUCUCAGGUUUGUGGCGGGCCGUUGAGGUUGAGCGUGUACGAACUUGCAAAGGGAGGGGAUGCGCCCGAUGGAGUUGCCAUCCACCAAAUACCUAGGGGCUUGUUUGUGUUGACUAUUAUAUCUGGAAUGUCUCUCUUAUCGGUCUGAUAUAUAAACAUGUUGACACUGAGUAGAAUCCAGGAGCAAAAUAUGGAAAAUCAUGAAAAGGGGGUAUAU